AUGAGAUGGGCAGCAGAAAAGGAGGAGAAGAAAGCAAAGAGAGGAGAGAAGAAGAGAGAGAGAGGGCAGACGAGAGGGCAGCGGAGGAGAAGUGGGAGAUCUGGCUGGAAAAAUCCCUCCUUUUUCCGAUUUCUCCCAGGAUUCCGACGAAGCUUGGCGAUCUAAUACCUUGGAGGAGUCUAUUCUCUGCACCUUUCUAUCGAAAAUCCGUAGAGAAACGGCGGAGAUCUACUCCGGAUAUCGGUUGUCGGAGGAGUAAAGGGAUGGACGAUGAGAAGAAGCGGAGAGAGGGGAACUGAUUGGAUGACAGAGAUCGAAGGGAGAUGGAGAGGAAUCGGGAAGCGAGGAGAGGAACCGGGGCGGCGGUGAAUGGUGGGUUGUCGAGGAGGAGGCAGAGGAGCAGCAGCUUGAGAGACUGUCCUGAGGAGGAUGUAGGGAUGGAGAUGGCGGAGACGACGAGGCUUCGGGAUCGAGGGAGCAAGAAGGAUCGAGAUCGGGAUAGAUCAAGCCGGAGCAAAAGGAGGAGAGGCGAGAGGAUGCUGCACGGGAGCAACAAGGACGAAGGAGACGACAGCUCCGAUGAGAGCGUCGACGAGGAGGAGGACGAGGAGGAGGACAUGUCCGUGUCCGUCCGGCUGCCGCCGCCGCCUCCAAAUCCGUCCUCCUCCUCCUCUUCGCUAUCUCAGAACAACCACCACCAGCACCAGCCGAACCGGAAGAGCUUGCCGGUCAAGGUCCCGAGGACUCCGCCGGUCUGGAAGGCAGACGAGAUGAUAGGAUUCUCGGUACCAAGGAAAGCCCGGUCAGCAUCUACGAAAAGGUCAUAUGAAUGUUGGGUUUCAGGUGGCUCUGGAAGUGGAGAGCAGAUUCAGUGGCAAGCUUCGACCUCUCCUUCGAGGCUCAGCCCUGCCUCCACCACCCAGAUCUCACCCUCCUCCUCCAACGCCUCCGCUCGGAAGAAGAUGAAAGAGUUGAAUGGAUCCAAGCACCGGCCGCCGAAGGUCUCCAAGUCGCCGUCUUCGAUCCAGGAGGACAUCGAGAUCGAGGUCGCCGAGGUUUUGUAUGGGAUGACCAAACAAUUCCAAUGCCCACCGAAGCAGGAGACCUCGAAGAUUGAUUCAAAGGACACAAAUGGUGGGUCUGGCAAUGAAGCCAAAUCCAGAAUUUCCUCUCCAAACUCGAUCUCCCCUACUCCUCCGGCAUCUCUGCCGUCAUCUGUUCCUCCCCCCUCCAAUUUUAGCUCUAACCCCACUUCUUUGCCUACUGCUGCUCCAAAGGGGAAGAAGCCGAGGCCUGUGAAGCUUGAGGAGGAAAGACCCUCAAGUCCGGGGGGCCUGCGAGCACCAGAGGCUUCUAAGAUGGAACCGGAGCACCAGAUGAAGGAAGAGGCUUCGUCACUGAGAUCAGAGAAGAACACCGCAUGUCCAAUCACUGGAAACGGUGGUGGUUCAACUGAUGUCUCUGUUCCUCCUGUUGCGGCAGCCCCCUUUGAUGUACAGCAAGACUUAGCAAAAAUAGGAGACGAUCCAGUUCCUGAUUCUAAGCUUUUGAAGGGAGAACCAGAUGGCCAAAAUCGGAUGGAGAACCAGGAAGAACCUACUCCACCUGAAAAGGAAACAGUUCCCUUCACUUAUUGGGAUGUCAGUCGUAGUGAAGAAACCACAGCAAAAGCAGCUCCGGCAGCUGAUAGCCGUCGGGAAGAGAAAUUCUGCAUUGAUCUAAUGGCUCCUCCCCCUGGGAAGUUAUCUCCCGAGAGGUACAACUCGUGCGAAAUCGACGCAAAUCCCAGGUCUCAGGGUCCAGGAGGGAUCGAAAUGGCUUUGAAAGUGGACAUUGAGAAGAAAGAAGAAAAGGCAGUGGAGAAAACAGAAAAAGAUGGAGUGAUUCUGGAUGAUAAGAAGGUUGACAAGUCCAUGCAGGAGGAAUUUGAGUUAAAGAAGCAAAGGGUGAAGGAGACGACCCUUCUUGACCUGCCAAUUGAUAUGGGGAAGCCAGAUAAGGACAGCCUUAGCAGCUGCAAACUCCAACUCCAGAAGCAGCAACAGAAGUCACCUAGGUUGGAGCCAAAACAAGAGAAGGCUGUCGUAGCUCCAUCUGCAUCGCCCCCUGCUAUGCCAAUGACAAUUGCAGGCUGGCAAGAAAGCCUUCCCCCUUUUGGGUACAUGGGUCAAGUUCCAUCUCUGCAGGCAGUCGUUCCCAUGGAUGGGGCUACAGGUGCUUCCAAUAGCUUACAGCCUUCCAGCUUCGUCUCACCAGAGUCUCGCCCGAAGCGCUGCGUGACGCACUACUACAUCGCACAGAAUAUUGGUUACCACCAGAGAUUUUCAAGGAUGAAUCCUUUGUGGCCUGCUGCAGCUGGCGCUGGUCCACUAUAUGGAGCCAAGCCAUACAAUCUCAAUGCCUCGCCUUCUUCAGAUGGGAAGAAUACGGCCUCCUUUCAAGAUAACAAGGGAGCGGCAUUUAAGGGACCACCCUCGAAGGAGGAGAUGCUCGCAGCAAAUAAUCCCCACACCGAAGCAGCUGCCGAAAAGAAGCAGCAGCAGCAACUUCUCCCACAGAUACCCCGGUCUGGAUCAGCAACCAAUAUGCUGCAUGGCCCGACGUUCAUCUUCCCUCUCAACCAGCAGCAAGCAGCAGCUGCCACCCGAUCCGGAGCAUCAAAAUCUACUCCAGGGAGUGGUAACGGGUCACCUUCUUCUAGCGCCUCUGGUUCUGCGAUUGCGAGCGCUGGAACUGGCGGUGGAUCGGUGGCACCUACGAUGAACUUGAGCUUUACUGGCCUGACCCCGAAUGAGGCUCAAUAUCUGGCGAUGCUACAGAGCAAUGCGUACCCAUUUCCUAUCCCUGCACAUGUUGCGGGGCCUCCGCACUUCAGAGGAGCAAGUCCUGCCCAGGCAAUGCCCUUCUUCAAUGGGCCCUUCUACUCUUCUCAGAUGCUUCACCCAUCUCAGCUCCACCAGCAGCAGCAGCAGCAGCAGCAGCUGCUGAUGGGACCACAAGCACCUCCCCGCAGCCAACAACAAGGCCACCAUCAGCACACAAGCACGUCGAGUGGAUCAUCAUCCUCCCACAAGCGUCCACAGCCACCGCAGGCUCUGGGAGGUGGGGCCGGCGGUGCUGGUGGAAGCAAUCAUGGCUUUCCAGCAGCAAACCAGCAGCAGCACUUGGUGCCCCACCACGCACGGCGACAGGAGGGUGAUAAGCCUUUGGAAGAUAGCCCAUCAACCACUGAUGGAAGGAAUCCUCUUCCUCAUGCUCAGAAGAACAUCUAUGCUCCCAAUUUUGCCAUGCCGAUACAUCCUCAGAAUUUUACUUUGAUGUCUGCCGCGGCUACAGCAGCAACAUUGGGUGGUGGUGGGGGGCACGGUGAUAAGCUCACAUCAUCCCAAGCUUUUGCUAUGCCCUUUAUCUCCUUCAAUGGGGUUGCCGCUGCUCCUCCAGGCCUUGAUUUCUCUUCCAUGGCGCAAAACCACGCCAUCUUUCAGGCCCUCCCUGAAGAUGCCAGACCUGCAUACAGCCAGAUAAAUGCUGCUGCUGCUGCUGCUGCUGCUGCUGCUGCUGCUGCCGCCGCCCAAGCAGCACAACAGAAGAAGGCCCACCCUGAGGAUGGGAGGUCUUCAGUUGGGGACUCAAUGAGUACAAGUACUGUUGGUGAAGAGGAAAGGAAGGUGAUUGCAGGCAGCAAAGCUCCUGGCAGUAGUAAACAUUCCUUUAGCUUCUCUAAACCGGAUGGUGGACCUCCCUUCUCUUCCAUGCUUGGCAACAGUGUCAUAGACGGCUCAUCUCGGACCUUGGGUCUCAUCCCAGCUCCUGCAAACCGUUCUUCUGGUGCUGCUUCCGCAACCACUUCAGCCACUGAAGUGCCUGUAGUUAAUAUUCCCAAUUCUCAGCAGCAGCAGCAGCAGCAGCUUCUUCAACUUCAAAAGCAGCAGCAGCAGCAGCAUCAGCAGCAGCUACAGAUGCAGCACCAGCUCGCAGCCAUGAAGUCCUCUGGCUCAGAGCGUCUUCCUGCGGGCUCCAGUGUGUUUCCUCAAGCCUUGGCUGGCUUUCCUCAAGCUCUCAUCCAGGGUGGCAGCUGCUCGCAGUCACCCCAGUGGAAGGCCUCCAUUACAAGAGCAGCAACGCCUGCCCCUCCCCAGUCUUCUGCUCAACCGGUGGUGAAGAACAAUCCUCCUCCCCAGCAGCAAGGCAGAGCACCUCAACAGUCUUUUCCUGCUCAAAGCCACCAAACCCAGAUAUCUUUCUGUGUGAAUUCAAUGAAAGCAGUGCCUGCUGGAGGGACUAGCAAUCCAUCAUCCUCAUCUGCUCCCGCCAUUGCCGUGGGUUCUCCCCCGAAUUCAGUCGCCAAGAGUGCGAAUGGGAACCCACGGGCUUCUGCUGGUAUGAAACUUGGUUCAUCGGCCGCCGCCGCAUUAUCACUGCCCCAACAAUCAUCCGCCAAGAGUUGUGUGCCAAGCUCAGGCCGGAAGUCUUCUCCGGUGAACAACAACCGAAAUGCGCCCUCCGUACUUGGCCACUCCCACAUCGCUCCUGCCCCAAAUUCCAGCACCAAACCGCAGCAGCAGCAGCAGCAAGCUCAGCAAUCACAGAAGCAGCAGCAACCAUUCCCUCAACCUCAAUUCUUCUUUUCAAAUUUCAUGCAGGCCCAGCCCCCUCAAUCCAAUGCCGCCGCCGCCGCCGCCGCCGCCGCUGCCGCCGCCGGAUAUUAUCAAAGACGCCCAUCCGAACGAGCACCAUCUCAACCGGCUCAGCAGCAGCAGUUGAACUCGACACCAGGCUCUUCCGGCAUGCUGCCCUCUGCUCUAACGACUGAUCCUGCAAAAGCAGCAGCUGCAGCGGCGGGCAAUGGCAUGAAAGGGAUGCCUCCACCAGGCCUCCUCCAUGCUGCUCAUCUUGCUGCGGCUGCCCAGUCCGCCUCCGCCGCCACUCACCCUUUUCUGCCCGCCUCAUUUCCUUAUCUCUCCGUUCCGGCUGUCUCCUUGAAGCCUGCAGCAGCCGAUCAGAAACCUGCAGCCGGGAAUGACAAUUCGCAUGCAUGCUGGCAGCCUGAGAAGAGAUGACGGUCGAAAUUGUUGCCGCCGAGGGAGUUCAUCCAUUCUCGUUCCUCCUGAGGGGACCUGGCCGGCAUGCCUGCUGUUUUGGAAGGAAAGAAGGCCGUCACUGUCUAUCCUCCAUGCCCGUCUUUCUCCUUUUUUGUAGUUGCUGAUCCAGGAAGCAUCGAUGAAGGAAAGAUGGUGGUCCACCGCGAUUGGCUAAAAGGAUGGACCAGCUUUACCUCUAUCUGUUUUUUUGAAUUCGGGUAAUGCUUUCAUUCCCCUCUCCCAAUUUUUUCUUUUUUUCUUGCUUCCCCCUCUUGACUCUAGAGCUAGGAUCAGGGAGAGGUAGAGAAAAGAUUGGGCAGAGAACAAUUUGAAGAAGAAAGGACUUAGAUGUGUAAUUGUUUUGUGUGGCGGCGGUCAAAUGCCGACCACGACUUCUGAUUUCAUAUUUUUUUAAUAUCUAAAGAAGAAAUACUGAAGACGCUUAAUUUAGCUUCUUCUAGAUCUCCCUCUCCUAA